AUGACGUCCGGCGAUGAACCUUAUUCGGCGAUAGCUGAUAUCUUCAACAAAGCCUUUCAGAAGGUCAAAGGUGCUCAAAGAUUGGAAUCGAUAUCAAGUGCCAUACGAAAUGACUUUGUGAGAGACGAGUUGCAAUUGUUGAGCCAUCUGAUACCUUCUCUCAAGGACAUUCUUGGUGGAUCGAGUACUACCACCGAACCCGUCGUAACCCUAGACUACGAUGAGCUCGAAAACGGAUUGGAGCGCUUGAAGUAUGCUUUCCGAGCCCUCACGCGAGUCUUUUGUGCCAAGAGAUUUCCCCAAUCGUUCUCGUCUUGGAUGACGUGCAUUGGGCAGACAUAUCGUCACUUCAAGUAA